CGGGACACAAGAUCCGUAUUUGCAAGAGGUAGACUUUGCCGGUACAAUUUAGGGUUUUGAAAGAUGGAUAUAUGGAUUGAAACUGGAGAGGGGAAAGUCCUUUCAAGGAUAGCAUGACACUUUCCGAGCUUAAGUACAGUUUUUAUCUUGCAAAGUUCUUAAUUGCUCGUGUAACCUCUUAAUAAAAAAUGUUCCGGUCACGCUGCCAUGCGUUUAAAAUAUCCUAACAUUCUUUAAGGUCUUGACAAUAUCAGAUACGGAAAAGGCAAGAAAUUGAUAGGUUACUUUUAUUGUCUACUUGCAACCGAAUGUAUUCCGCGGGCCUCAGCCAAAAUUCUAGUAACUGUAGCGGAAGGGAAGACCACACACACACACACACACACGUUAAACGCCCUUUUCACCUAUGUAGUUUAAGAGAAAAGAGCGACGUGGUUGCACGAGCAAAAUGUGACGGACUUCCAAUCACUGCCAGGGAUCACCAGUUUUAAAACAUGCAGAGGGGCCAUAAGGUGCAAAAAAUUCUCGAUCCUGUGCAGGGUGCUUUUUUUCGUCGUCUUUUAAGACACCAAACAUCGAACGUUCUCACCUGGCAGUCGGGCUGUCAUUUUAAGCACCUUUGCAGGAGCAAGCCCGACGGGAUGCCCUGACACUUAUUUAGGAGAAAACCUGUGUGGAAUUGUAAGGAAUGCAAUUCCGGUUUUAACAAUGCCAGGAUAAAAAUACUGGGAGCUUUUGAGUACAAAAACGGAUAAUUGUGCUGCGCAAAAAUGUUAGGGAGGAGUCGCUGUCCAUCCGGUCACUUAAAACAGAGUCUCUCCGCAUCAGCUGUUCAAAGGGCCGGUUGCUCGCGAGGGAUUUGCGUCACUCUUCUUUGCGCGAGAGGCUGGGUCGCUCGUCUUAACCCAUUUGAGGGCCCCAGGUGCCUGUCGCCUUUCUAUCGAAAAUGGGAUGCGUUGGACGUCAGUUAGGCUCUUACUGCAAACUAAAGCGCCACGUUCAUUAAGGGAAAGGCGGUCUGAAAUAUGCUCGUUUUGGCCAAACUCCUAAAGUCGCGGCCCAAGGCGAUUGUCUUCAGCCGCUCUUCCAGCGCUUCGAAGCAAAAUGGCUAAAAGAGUCCUUGGAACCCUCUCUCCGCAUUAGUUCAAAAGCCUUCGAAUUGCGAGCGGAACUCGGCGUCGACAAUUGAAUGGGCGAUGUUGUUUUCUUGCAGAGCUUUGCUAAGCCAGUGGCGGGUAAUCAAGAGACGGAAAAGAGCAAAUAACUUCUCAGAGGCUUUUGUUUAUCUAGCAGGUGGGCCUGACGUCAUGGAGGACGCUUGACCGCGAAUCCUAAUGUCCUGCUCUGGAAGCAAAGCUUGCCGGCCAGAAAUGUGUGGAAGAGGCAAAGGCCCAGCGCGGCUCCCAUUGAACUUUUGGCCGGGAAGAAAGGGGUAGGUGGGAAGGUGAGAACACAAUUGCUGUAAUUCCCCGCCGCAAAGUUUCAUUAUUACAACUUUGCAACUUCUCAGGGAGCCUCUCUCUCUCCCCACCCCCCAAGUUGCGGGGGCGCGUGCGUGCAAGGAUCGGUAUUUUUUAAUUAUUUGAAUCCUCAACAAACGCACAUAGAAAAGAAGCAGUGGCAUGCUCCAUCCAGGAACAACUAGACCCGCACCCAAGGGGAGGGCAAACGCGAGAAGCGGCGCGAGCCUCAGAGAGGAAACGCGAGACCCCGCGCAGCUGCUUUUGAGGUCGCUGCUUGGUUUCCUCGGAUUCCUGGUUGCCUAGGCCCGGAGUCGCCGAGCCAGCGCCGCCCGCGGAAGAAUAUCAAUUCCUUUCAUAGAAGCGACUAUUGUCGUUUCUUUCUCAUGUGUUGCUUUCUUCGAAACGCCCUCACAUCCGGCGGCUCUUCUCGCGCGUCCAGGUACUGAGGGCGGCUCUUCUGGCAAAACACUUCUUCGCCGUGGCGUUGUGUUUGCGUGCGCGGGGUGAACAAUUUCGCUCUCGCCUGCUUCCCCCGCUGCCUCAUCUGCUUGGGACUGUCUACGGAGCGUGCGCUGUGAUGGAGACGUUCUAUUCUGCCCUGCCUUUGACGGAGUUUCUUCCAGAUGGAGAUUUUCUUCUGACCUGUCUUCACCAAAACUGGGCCCAACAGGAAGGAACAAGUGGCGUGGUCAAAAAUCUAUGACUCAGUCUCUAGGCAGAUCUGGCUGUAGCAACCCCAUGUCUGACUGAUGCCGCAGCCCCAAUAAGAAUCCACGUUCAGGUCAUCUGGUUGCGGAUCAGAUUGGGGUUCGGGACGUUUCCGUUCCCAGGAAUCCUUCAGAUCUCAGCAGCGAGGGUAUCAGGACAGGACAUUAUGUGGUAGAUCCUUUGCAGGCAAGCGGCCCUUUCGAGGAGGAGGAAGUCAGUCAUUCCAUCGCCAGAGUUAAGAGUGAGUCUGCUCCUCCCAUCGAUGGCAGGUUAGCGCUGUUUGCUGGCAAGGGAUACGCAGUGAUCUCCAACCUGGCUUUGCAGACCAGGGAGUGGAAGACGGGAUGGUUCCGUGUGAGCAGCAGGUGAGCUUGUGCAGUUCGUGCAGCUGUGCAUGUUCGCUUACGUGCUGUGCACAAAAGUGAAGCUGCACACACAUGCUAGCCUGCUACUUCCAUAGCCCAGUUCUGAAUGGGCUGCAGCCCAGCGAUCACCAGAAUGGGUUAGAGUAAAGGUAAAGGUUCCCCUCGCACAUAUGUUCUAGUCGUUCCUGACUCUAGGGGGCGGUGCUCAUCUCCUUUUCAAAGCCCUUCGGCAGCCAGCGCUGUCCAAAGACACCUCCAUGGUCAUGUGGCCAGCAUGACUAAAUGCCAAAGGCGCAUGGAACGCUGUUACCUGUCCACCAAAGAGCUGUGAUUUCUGUAGCAUAUAGCCAUUGGACUUAUCUGCUUCUUUGCUGGGACUUCGUUUCUGGAAGAGUGCCUGUAAUCUGGAAGAAGGCUAGAAAGUCAAGCAUCGGUGAAAGCUUGGUGUUAGAAGAAAUUCAGAUCUCCUCAGGCUUGACUUCCACUUAGUAGGAUAUAUCUCAAUGUGUCUGAAGUGAUGUCAUUACGUAAAUGGAGAGUGAACUGUUUCUUACAGAAGGAAUUGUAGCAAGAAAAAAGGAAAACAAGGAUACCGUAAAGAGAUGUUGUCUCCAGUACAGGAGUUGAUGAUGUGUACAGUCCACUUGAAGACUGAGAGUUAAAAAGGGUUGCUUUGCUCUAAGAAAGAACAUGUGAAUUUGCACAAGCAAAAAGGAACAGGAACAGGUAUUAAGUCAUGAUGCAGGAAUCUGCGACAGAGACAAUAAGCAACAGUUCAAUGAAUCAAAAUGGAAUGAGCACUCUAAGCAGCCAAUUAGAUGCUGGCAGCAGAGAUGGAAGAUCAAGUGGUGACACGGGCACUGAAGUAAGCACAGUAGAACUGCUGCAUCUGCAACAACAGCAGGCAUUGCAGGCAGCCAGGCAGCUGCUUCUACAACAACAGACAAGUGGAUUGAAAUCUCCUAAAAAUAGUGAUAAACAAAGACCACUUCAGGUUCCUGUGUCAGUGGCCAUGAUGACUCCCCAAGUGAUCACCCCUCAGCAAAUGCAACAGAUUCUUCAACAACAAGUUCUGUCUCCUCAGCAGCUUCAAGCCCUUCUUCAACAACAGCAAGCAGUGAUGUUGCAGCAGCAACAACUUCAAGAGUUUUACAAGAAACAGCAAGAGCAGUUACAUCUUCAGCUUUUGCAGCAGCAGCAGCAGCAGCAGCAGCAGCAGCAGCAGCAACAGCAGCAGCAGCAGCAGCAGCAACAGCAGCAACAACAACAGCAACAGCAGCAACAGCAACAGCAACAGCAUCCAGGAAAGCAAGCAAAAGAGAAAUCACCACCAGGAAGUGACAGCUGUAUCCAUGGAGAUUCUGGUUCAUACAAGGCAUUCUCUGUGCAAAAAUGUCCUUGGGGAACAUUGCAAGAAGACAAAACUGACUUCGUGAAAUGGCCCAUAGAAUUGCAGCAACAGCAGCAGCAGCAGCAGCUGGCAGCCCAGCAGCUUGUCUUCCAGCAGCAGCUCCUCCAAAUGCAACAACUUCAACAGCAACAACAUCUGCUGAAUCUUCAGCGUCAGGGACUCAUUUCCAUUCCUCCUGGCCAGCCCGCUCUUCCUGUCCAGUCAUUGCCACAAGCUGGCUUAAGUCCUGCUGAGAUUCAGCAGUUAUGGAAAGAAGUUACUGGAGUUCACAGUAUGGAAGACAAUGGCAUUAAGCAUGGUGGGCUAGACCUCACUACUAACAAUUCUUCUUCUACUACCUCCUCUACCACUUCCAAAGCAUCGCCACCAAUAAUUCAUCAGUCCAUAGUGAAUGGACAGUCAUCAGUUUUAAAUGCAAGACGAGACAGCUCAUCACAUGAGGAGGCUGGAGCCUCUCAUACUCUCUAUGGCCAUGGAGUUUGCAAAUGGCCUGGAUGUGAAAGUAUUUGUGAAGAUUUUGGACAGUUUUUAAAGCACCUUAAUAAUGAACAUGCAUUGGAUGACCGAAGCACUGCUCAGUGUCGGGUUCAAAUGCAGGUGGUCCAACAAUUAGAAAUACAGCUUUCUAAAGAACGUGAACGUCUUCAGGCAAUGAUGACCCACUUGCACAUGCGACCUUCAGAGCCCAAGCCAUCUCCAAAACCUUUAAAUCUGGUGUCCACUGUCACCAUGUCAAAGAACAUCUUGGAAACAUCUCCUCAGAGUUUACCUCAAACACCUACUACUCCAACAGCCCCAAUUACUCCAAUUACCCAGGGACCCUCAGUCAUCACCCCUGCCAGCAUACCCAAUGUGGGAGCCAUUCGAAGGCGACAUUCAGAUAAAUACAACAUUCCCAUGUCAUCAGAAAUUGCCCCAAACUACGAGUUUUAUAAAAAUGCAGAUGUGAGACCUCCAUUUACUUAUGCAACUCUCAUAAGGCAGGCUAUCAUGGAAUCAACUGACAGGCAGUUAACACUCAAUGAAAUUUAUAGCUGGUUUACACGGACAUUUGCCUAUUUCAGGCGCAAUGCAGCCACUUGGAAGAAUGCAGUACGGCAUAAUCUUAGCCUGCACAAGUGUUUUGUUCGAGUAGAAAAUGUUAAAGGAGCAGUAUGGACAGUGGAUGAAGUAGAGUAUCAGAAGAGAAGGUCACAAAAGAUAACAGGAAGCCCACCGUUAGUGAAAAACAUACCUACCAGUUUAGGCUAUGGAGCAGCACUUAAUGCAAGCUUACAGGCUGCACUGGCAGAAAGUAGUUUACCUUUGCUUGGUAAUCCCGGAUUAAUAAAUAACACAUCCAGUGGCUUACUACAAGCAGUCCAUGAAGAUCUCAACGGUUCCUUGGAGCACAUUGACAGCAAUGGAAAUAGCAGUCCAGGCUGUUCUCCACAGCCUCACAUACACUCAAUCCAUGUCAAAGAAGAGCCAGUGACUGCUGAGGAUGAAGACUGUCCAAUGUCUUUGGUGACAACAGCGAAUCACAGUCCAGAAUUGGAAGAUGAUAGAGAAAUUGAAGAAGAGCCUUUAUCUGAAGAUCUGGAAUGAACAGAGACUUGGGAAACCUCAAAAUGAAGGGACAUAACACUGACCUUCCCAACCACUCCAUAACCAUGAAUAUUUGACAGAUUUUUACUGUGACUAUUUAUUAAGCAUGGAUAAAGGAGAAACAAUCCUAAAGGAACUCAUUAAGCCAGCCCUUUGGGAAUCCAAUUACAAGCAGGCAAAUAGCUUGUGGGGUUUUUUUGGUUUUUUUUCCUUUCUUUUUUAAAGAUAAACUGAUUUUCUUGAAAAACAAAACUGUUUAUAUAUAAUGGCUUGCCCAUUUAAAAAAUGCGGCUAACAAGGGUUCAUGACAUGACUGAAUAUGAGGAUACAUGUUCUAUAGAAAGCAAAUGGGCCUCAUAUACUGCCAAAAAUAGUGUUAGUUUCAUCAAUGUGAAAAUUCCAGCAUACCGUAGUUGUAAUAAUGUUAGAAACAAUUGCUGGUCAAGUUCAACUUGUUGCUAUUGUUUUUAAUUUGCACAGGAGUAGUAUCAGAAAUUAGUGUCACUGCUUGUAUCUAGCUGAAUUUUAAACUACAGAAUGUUAGUUUUUUUCAUGUUGGUGCCACCAACUGUAAAUGACAUAAGUUAGUUCUAACAAACCACAGUAAUUAGACUGUUGCGACCAUCUAAAAUCUAAGCUUCCAGUCUGUGCUGUUAGUGUUAAGAUGUAAAGUGCAAUCCUAAGCUAACAUUGUCUGUGCAAGCACCAUAGAAACAUUUGCAUAUCUGCAUAUAUCUUACAACUGUACUCUUUACCUCCUUGUGAUAAAGCUUUGUCUACCUGCAAACACAGUCAAAGGCUACAGCUGCAAACCAAAGCCUACUCUAACAAUGGCCAAUAGCUCAAUGACAGAAGCAGCCACAUGCUUUGGUCAGCCUUCUGUAACUUUAAUUAGUACAAAGGAACUUUUCCAUGAACUACCUGCUGUUUUCUGAAGACCUCUGGGAUCUUUUCAUUUAGCCCUAGUCCAAGAAAUAAAUAUGGGGAAAAAGUCAAUUUUGUCACAGUGUAAUCUUCUGAGACCAAAAGUCAACCUCAAUGCAGUGAAGAUUUGUUUUUAUUUUAAAACAGAGGUGAGAAUGAAGUUUGUGCAGAAGUUAACAAUAGAAAGCAACAAACAUGGAUCACUGACCAAAAUGAUGUACUUGAUGCAAAUGCAGAUUGUGUAUUGUUAUGUAAAAUAUGUUUUUUUUUAAUUAUGUUCCCUCUCCAUUCAGACUGGUUUCCCCCAUGCCCACUCCCGUUCCCUGUGAUGAAUACAUGUUGUUGGAAGAAGUCUCGUAUGGUCUUAAACUUCGUUGUGUGCUACUUUUUAUAGUCUUAAGUUAUAAAUGACAAAAAAGUAGGAACCAAACAUAAAAAAAGGUCUAGUAAAGCCAAAAAUUAAUUUCAUAUUGAUUUAAAGUAAUCUAGGUGAGUUUUUACAAUGAAAGCAAAGAUUAUAGCAAUUGUAGUCCAUGGUAUUUAUUUUCAGUCAAACCAAAGUUACAAAAAAUUCUGCCUCUGUUAAUACGGGAUACUAACACUAACAAUACACUCCCUUUGGAAGACUUGCACAGGCCAAAUUGUUGGAAUGCUGUUUUUCCUUCUCCUGUUUUUUUCCUCCUCCUCCUCCUCCUCCUCCUCCUCCUCCUCCUCCUCCUCCUCCUCCUCCUCCUCCUCCUCCUCCUCCUCCUCCUCCUCCUCCAUCCCUAUCUUCCUACAACUCCAAACCCCAAAUUACAAUGGUACAAUAAUGGUGUAUUUGACAUUAGUAUAGUCUAAUGUUUGCUUAUAUCCUACAAACUUUACAUGUUGCUUUUCAUGUGCCAAGUCUUGAUAAUAUUCCCCCCCGCAACCAAGGGACCUCAUAACCUGAUUAUGGUUAUUGCUUUACAAACCGUUUUUUUUUCCACAGAAGGUGGCUGCUAGAGCUUAACAUAAGUACCAGUUCCAUGUGAUGGGCCUGGGUCUUGCAAACUAAGCUCAUUGUAUUCUUUGCUGAAAUCAGCAAAUAAACUUAAAGAGAAACACAGUCAUCUAUCACGCCAAAUAAAAGGACAAAAUGGCUUUCGAAAGGGUUUUUCCCACUUACCCAAAAGACUUUUUGAAAGCUUCUACCUCUGCAAAAGAAAAAAACAAAAAGAAAUUAGAACAAUUAUGGCAGAUCGCAUGAAUUGUGAGAUCAUCACAGUAACUGCUAUUUUUCAUUACAUUUGUCUUUGGGUCAUGAUAACAAAAUGUUUAAAGUAGUGACAUCAAAAGAAAGCUUAACAUGUGAAUGAGGGUUUUCCCCAAGUCAUCUGGGAUCCCUGAUAUGUGGAUGACUGAAAGGAACUGAUAUUUCUUUCAAUUGCAUGUUCAAAGACUUUGAUGGACUGGAAGUUACAGUGAUAAUUGGACCAUCAAGAAGGUGGCCUAAGACUACAAUGCUAAAGUAUGCAUACCUCAGUUACAAACCUUUUUGAAAGGAAGUCUCAGCCACAGAAUGCAUAUACCUGUAGAGUUUUGCAUGGGUUUUAUAUAAAUACAGUUUAAAGGAAAAAAUAGCUGCUUGCACAUUAUACCAGAAAAACCUCCAAAACUGCAAUUGCUUUGAAAAAUAGACUUUAGGUUUUUUGGAGUUUUCUGAGAUGCUUGGUCUGUAUUUUGAUAAUUGUGCAUAUUAUGUAAAAAUGUUGGUGGACCCAUAAAUGACCAGACUUUUUCUAAGAAAAAUGUUGCUUUAAUGCAUUUCAUGAAUUUUUACUCUGAUAUCAUUGCUUGCUAGUAAUAGCAAACCUGCUUUUCUGCAUCUGCUUUGCGUAGCUAUUGUAAGGCUUUGAACUAAUGUAUGUAUUUAUUGCUUGAACUUCUGUGCAUACCUUAUAAAGCAUAAUGUCUGACAAUUUAAAUGGCUCAUGUAUUCUUGCUUCUAACAUAAGCUGGUAAUGGGGACUAUGAUCUUUUGUAUACAGCAGAUUUUAACUGUAGCACAACUUCUGUUUAUGUAUUGGUGGAAUAUAUCUGUUUUAUUUAUCUUUUUUGAGGUAAACUAAUUUUUGAUACUUUUCAUUAUGUGUACUGUGUUCAUACCUAGAAUUCUCUGACGUUAGAAGUCAUGGUUGAGAAUUGUAACAGCUGUUGUUCAUUCUGUAUUCAUGGUUCUCACUGCUGAAUAAAAUAAAGGACCAAACUUAGGAUUUGAAAGAAAACUGUCUACCUCUAACACCAGGGAGUUAUCAGACUUUAUUUUACAUAGUUUUAGUCUACAAAGACAAAUUGCUUAAACCUAAUGGACUUAAAGCUUAUGUUCUAUAUGGUUGAAUUCAUGACACAGUUGUACUGUUUCAAAAUCAAUUAAAAUGUCAUUUGAAUAUUAUAAGCAUUAGAUACUGCUAACUGGGUUUUCCUUUGAUAACUCAGAUAUGAGAAAAUGAUCAUCAGCAUUCUGUGUUUACAGUUCUUUAAUUUCAGAAAAUGUGAUUUGGGUUGUUUUUUGUUUUUGUUUUUGUUUUGGUUGUUCUUUUGUUUUGUUUUUUGUAAUGAAGGAAUUAAAGCCUACCCAGCUAGGAGUACAGCAAAUGAUCUUUAUUUCAAGGAAAAAAGAGAUGAAGGAUUUGACUGUCCUGGUCCGAACCAAUUUCAAGGGACCAUGGUUUGUUUCUCUCAGAUUCCUCAAAUUGGACAUUCACUUGUGGAUACUCUCCUUCCUGAAUUUAGCUAAUACAUUCCGAUAUUAGGGUACAUUUUUUAAAGACUAGUGUAAUUACUGCUUAUAAAGCACUUACAAACCCUUCCCUUGUUAUUUCAAAAGUGCAAAUCAGAAUAGGUUUUGUCCAUAAAUCAGGCAUAUUUAACAAAGAAUAUGUAAAUUUUACUAUAGCAUUCAUGUGUACAGUGUUUUCACUGCUUCUGGAUGUAAAAACUGUAAAUGAAGCCAUUUCAUUCACUUGCUUAAAUUUCUGGUGUAUAAAUAAAAAGUCUUAA